GAAACAUCAACCCCGUUUCCGCGCUCUGUGAAUUUCUUGAUGCAAUGUUAGAACAUCUGCAAGACGCCAGCGCUUCAGCAGCUGCACUGGCAUGAUGUCCGAGUCGCAGUUCCUCCACUAAAUACUACCUGGAUCAAUCAUUAACGGAGCCUUCCCUUGUUGAUCCACUGGCCGUGCGCGCCACAUUAUGGUCGAUUUAUAUGUAUCUCUCCCUUCAUCAAACCUAAAGCAUCUUAUCCCUCUCUACCUAUUCUUCUUGAUAACUGGGGGACAUAUUCUAUUGCCGGUCAUCAUCACCACUGCCCUACUCCAUAGGAAGUUGUGCUGGCAUCCAACCUUAAUAAAUCUGUGCGUGACAUGCGUGUGCUACUCGAUAAUACACUGUCUCUAUCUAUACACAGGAGAAGACGUCCAUCCUCGCUACCAAACAGUGUGCACAGUUCAAGCAGCGAUGAUAUACGGAGCUGCCCCAAUGGCCACCGUUGCGGUUGUCGGCGUCACUAUCCAUACCUGGACAACUAUUCAAAACUUUGAACACCACUUUGCUGAGAAGUUCCCUCGGUGGCUUUGCAGGUUCCUAGCGAGUACACGGCAAGAUUGUAUGAAUUCAAAUCGCGCUAACUUUGAGCCGAUUCAGAUAAUAUCACCGCCGUAUAUCGUGUUCGCAGGGUUUUCAAUUGGUGCAUCGAUUUUAACAAAACUACACAAGGCCUCUGCACAACCGUUUAAUGGUCUUUUCUGCACGUCUUAUGUGCACUCCUUAGCAUUGGCAGUUCCAGGGUUCUGUGUCGCGAUGAUGGCAUCGGUAUUAUGUUUUGAAGCUGCUAUUGCCAUCCAAUAUUACCAUAGAUGGAAACGUAUCAAGAAUUCGUUCCCGCUCCUAGCACCUAGGCGACCUUCAACCGCACUCAUUUUCAGAGUUGGCCUGUUUUGCUUGUAUUCUUGGGCGGCUCUAAUGUGCGUGGAAGAUUACGUGCGAGAUUUGUGAUGUACUCAUGGCCAACUAGGGCAGCCAUUGUAUUUUUGACCAAGCAGCCCAUAGCUGGGACUUAUUAUAUGGUC